AUGAAGAUCCGAAUGAGUAUGCACUCGUUAGUCUUCUGGUACUUAUGUUUGGUUCAUGUUUCGUGUUGUUUUUGCUUCACUAAUUUUGCAUUCGGGGACUCCAUUGUCGAUGCUGGAAACAAUAACUACUUGCCAAGUCUCUCCAAGGCCGACUACUCUCCUUAUGGCAUCGACUUUACGCCUUCUGGUGGCAAGCCCACCGGAAGAUACACAAACGGUUUCACCAUUGUCGACAUUGUUGCGCAAGCGUUGGGGGCCAAGACGUUGGCUUCACCAUCUCUAGCCAGUAAUGCAGCAUCGAACGCGAUUCUUGGUGGCAUAAACUACGCAUCUGGAGCUUCUGGAAUACUAGAAGCAACCGGUACCUUAUUUGUUGGACGGAUUCCGUUGAGAAUGCAAAUCAAGAAUUUUGAGCGAAGCAGGGCUGAAAUGGUGAAAACGAUGGGAGAAAAUAGUACACGAAAUUUUCUAAAAGAUGCGAUCUUCUCUUUAACGAUUGGAUCGAAUGAUAUCAUAACCUACUUCCUACCAAAUCUUCCAUUCGUUGGCAAAGACGAUAUUUCCCCUACAAACUUGCAAGAUACCAUGGUUUCCAACAUCACUUUACAUAUCAAGCGAUUGCACGAACUGGGGGCUCGAAAGAUGGUUAUAGUAGACGUAGGACCUCUUGGUUGCAUUCCCUUCGUUCGUGCCAUACACUUGCUACCGGAAGGCGAAUGCCAUGAAGAAAUGAAUACGUUGAUCCGCGGAUACAAUGAAAAGUUACGUGUGGCUGUUCAUCGCUUGAAUCAAGAGAUAGGGAUGGAUUCCAUUUUCGUUUAUGCAAAUUCAUACGAUGUUAUAAAUGGGAUCUUACAAAAUUAUGGUGAUUAUGGAUUCGAGAAUGUGAAUGAUCCUUGCUGUGGAGGAUACUUUCCGCCAUUUUUCUGCUUUCGAAUAGGAGAUGAGAAAGAAAUCAGCUCGAGUCUUUGCGAGGAUCGAUCCAAGUAUUUGUUUUGGGAUUCAUAUCACCCUGGACAAGCUGCAAAUUUCAUCAUAGCUCAACAGAUGUUGAAUGGCGAUGAAAGUAUAUGUUCUCCCAUCAACGUUCGCCAGCUUCAUAGUCACAAGCUUUAA